AUGGCGUUGGCGGCGGGUUUCAAUUGGUUGCUCAUCUUUGUUGCGUGUGUGGUGGCCGUGGUGCUACUAGCGGCCUGCAUCUACGUGUUGAUCCACUACCAGCACCCGGACGAUGGCAACCAGGCCUGGAUCCCGAAGGGGAUCGUGGUGUUGGGGCUAUGGCUUGCGAUGGCGACGGUACUAUUAUUCCCGCUCGACGUGGCGAACCGGGCGGCGUGCUCGUUCGGCGUCGCCGAGAGCGCGUGCGUCUUCACCCUGCCGAUGCGGGAGCUGUGGUUCGCUAUCUUCAUCACAAACCUAGUUAUGGUGUUCUUCCUCAUCCCGUUCACAAUGUUCUUCUGGGAGGCCGACAGCGACUACACUUGGUUCAUGCGCGUGAAGACGGCUUUCCUUUGGACGCUGGGAAUGGCCGUCGUGCUGGGUCUGGCAAUUGGAGUCGCUUACGGGCUGGCGGGCUUUGUCGAGUAUCCAACGCAGGAGCUGGUGUCUGGUCUGCUGCCGCUGGACCAGCUGCCACUGCUGGCCAAUUACACUGGUACAGACUGCAUCAAGCCGGGCAUGGGGCUGGCGGGGUACAACGCCACCAACAAGAUCCCCGGCGGGCUGUGUGACGGCUAUGGGGCCAACUACGCCAUCAAGACGUGGACGCUGCGGGUCUCCCUGCCGGUCUACAUCAUGGCCAUCCAGUCCGUGUUUGGCUGGAUCCUGUUUUUGGUGUUUGCGGGGUGGGGCGUCAUGGCGGCGCCCAUCGACUGGCUUCACCAGUACAUGCGGCGGCCGCGCGCCGUCAUCACCAAGAGCGAGUUCCUCAACCGCGCACGCGGGCUGGCGCAGCGCGCCAAGGAGAUCAAGGUGAGGGCUCGCGCGUAA